AUGAACACCCAACCCUAUGAAAUUGAAAAUACUCCAGUGGAAGCUGUGUGUAAAAAUUUGAGGCAAAUCAUCCUGAGUGAGGAUGACAAACAACGAAUGUAUAAUCCAUGGAAGUACUCACUAAUUAUUAAACUCAUGGGGAAAAGAGUAGUUCAUCACUAUCUUAAGAGGAAAACACAAGAGUUAUGGAAGGUUGAUGAAAAUUACCCUCUAAUAGACCUAGGGGAGGAUUACUAUACGGUUAAGUUGAUGAAAGAAGAGAGCAUGACAAGGAUCCUACAUAAUGGUCCAUGGUUCAUCAAUAAGUGCUUCCUAUCAGUACAAAAAUGGGUUCCAAACUUUGUAGCAAAUAGGGCAUCCCAAAACUACACAGCUGUUUGGAUUAGAUUACCACAACUUCCUACGGAAUUUUAUGAUGGGAUCAUUCUCACAAAAAUUGGGAAUUGUAUUGGUAAGCUAUUGAAAGUGGAUGCGUGCACAUCAGCCACUUUAAGGGGGAGGUAUGCACGACUCUGUGUGGAAUUGCCAUUGGGCCAGCCGGUCCAAACCUCCAUUAUGAUAGGACACCACAACCAACCAAUCCUCUAUGAAGGUGAAGGGUUCCUAUGCAAGAAUUGUGGAUGGUUGGGCCACUCAACUUACAGUUGCCCAUAUAGGACUUUUCCAAGUGGACAACCAAAUGGAUCAGCCACGAAUGAAGCAUCAGUAUCUAAGGAAGACACAUCACAAGAGUGGAAGACAGUCUCCUUUUCAAGGAAAAGCAAAGGCAAGGCAGCCAAUCAGCACCUAAUGAAGGCAAUCUCCACCACUGACACAGGUACCAGUGCACGUUUCUUGGAUACAAGGCCAGAACUUCUAGCUCUUCUACAGGCACUUCAAACAAUUAUCAGGGAAAAGGUCACACCAUGUGAACUAGAGACAGAUGCCACAGAGGUGCUUAGUGGGGAAGGAAAUGGAGCAGGGGGAGAUCAUAAUGAAGCACAAUUUCCGUGA